GCAAACACCUAAAGGCUUAGGGCAGUUGACUUGUCUGCAAACUUUGCCAUAUUUCGAUGUGGGUCAAGGCACAGGUUUUCAGAUCGAAGAAUUGGGACGCUUAAAUCAACUAAAAGGAAAAUUAGACAUUCGUAGGCUAGAGCAUGUGAAAGAUAAAGAAGCCUCCAGAAACGCCAAAUUAGUAGAAAAGGCCAAAGUAUACGAGUUGGGAUUUUACUGGGGUUGGAAUAGAGAAGGCAACCACAAUAAUGAUGAAGAGGUGUUGGAAGGACUCCAACCUCACCGAUAUUUGAAGAGCUUAACAAUUUUUGGUUUUGGAGGGGAGAAAUUCCCAUCAUGGAUGUUGACAAGUCAUGAUGCAAGGGAUGGCUUUUCGCUAUAUGACAAUUUGAUUAAUAUCAAAUUAAUUGGUUGCAAGAAAUGUGAGGUUCUUCCCACUAUCGGUCUUCUACCUUGUCUUAGGGAUCUUUAUAUAGAGGGUAUGGAUAAUGUAAGAUCUAUAGGAACCGAGUUUUACGGCAACUAUAAUGAUGGUGGUUACGACAAAAUAUUGUUCCCGUGUUUGAAAAGUCUUCAAUUGUGGUUUAUGGGAAAUCUAGUUGAAUGGACGGAUGCGAUGGAGCCAACAACAACGGGAACGGUGUUUCCUUGCCUUAAGAAUUUGACCAUUCGUUUCUGUGAGCAACUGAAAAGUGCUCCAUGUCAUUUUCCUUCUCUUGAGAAAUUAGAAAUUUCCAAAUCCGAUAGCACGACAUUUGAAAAAAUUAGCAGCAAGCUUACCACACUAACGUCUCUCCAUAUUGAGAAAAUUUCAGAACUUGCUUCUGUGCCAGAGCAGUUAUUGAAAAAUAAUUCGAGUCUUAUGUCUUUGAGUAUAAGUUUUUGUGGUGAUUUGGUAUUCCUAUCACCACAUGGGGAUGUAUGGGGCUUCUACACUUCUCUUCGGUCACUGAAAAUAUCAUUCUGUGAGAAAUUGAGUUAUUUGCCGGAUGGAAUGCACGCCCUUCGUUCCCUUGAGGAAUUCAAAGUAAGCAAUUGUCCUAAUCUGAGAUCCUUUCCAAGUAUAAAAGGCGUGGCGUUACUUCUUCGAAGUCUAACAAUAUCGUGUAGUAUUGAAGUUCUACCAACUGGGCUAGAAUCAUGUAUAUCUCUAUCGUCAUUGGAGAUAAAUGAGUGUCCUAAUCUGAUAUCAAUUCCAAAUCUACAGGAUUUGCAUUCACUUUACUCUUUAACAAUUACAUCUUGUAAAAGAUUGAUGGGUUUGCCAGAUGGGUUAGACUGCCUCACCCGCUUGAAGUAUUUGAGUAUUGGUGGGUUUUGUGAGGAGUGGGAUGCUUUCCCUAGUCUCAGUUCCAUCCAACACGCAUCCCUUGAAACACUAGAAUUGUAUGGAUGGGCUAAACUCAACUCUCUCCCAGACGAUAUUCAACGAUUUACUGCCCUAACACAACUCUGGAUACGUAAUUUUGACCAGAUUGAAGCUUUGCCUGAGUGGUUGGGCAACCUUUCUUCUGUUCGAAUGUUGUAUCUUUGCGAAUGCAUGAACCUGAUGUAUCUGCCAACAGCGGAAGCGAUGCAACACCUCACCCAAUUAUAUAUUAAUGCAUGCCCCAAAUUAAAGGAAAGAUGUGUGAAGGGAAGCGGCGCAGAGUGGCUCAAAAUUGCCCAUAUUCCAAAUGUCAUUCUCCGCUGAAAACGGUUUAAAGGGUAGUUGUGCAUAUUGGUCCAAGACAGAUCAGAGUGGGAAAAAAAGAAAGAAAAAGGAAAGUUCUCUUCAAGAGCUGCAAAUGAUCAAAAUUCAAGGGCCGCUCACCAAAUUAGAGAAGUUGAAGAUGUUUUUGGUCAAAGUAAUACAAAAACAAUGUGGUUAUUUGAUGGUUGUUAUCCAAUUGGGGGCUGAAAUGUAUUUAUCUGACACACAAGUUCAGGAUUCUUCACCAUUCUAAAGCCCUGAUUUCAAUCAGCCAAACUUUGACACCUAGGUGCAUUCUUAGUUUGAGGCGUCAUAUUUUUGAGCUGUGCAGAUGAGCUCUCAAUGGAAGCUUCUGAUUUGGUGCAUGAUUAAAUUUUUUCUCUCUCUUCAAGAUCUGAAUUUUGGGUACAAGAAUGCUACUUUUGGGCAGCAAAGGAAGAGAUCUAAUCCUUUACUAAAGAGAUGCUCUCCGGUGUUAUUCAGAGUGGUCGAUAAUUUGCCGGAAGUUAUUACCAUGUUAUGCUCACUUUACAGUAAAAGCUGGAUAUUUUUUAUUGGUUGCUGCCAGAAUGGUUAAUGAUUGCUCCCGGUCUAAUGGAGUGUUGAUUUGAGUGUUAUCUGGUUGAAGUUCAUCAAAAAUUGAGUGGUUGGGCAACCUUUUCUCUCUUCAACACUUUGUACUUAUUUGGACGCAAGAACCUUUUUUAUCUGGCCUAAAGUGGAUGCCAUGUAACAGCUCACCAAAUUGCAACACCUAUUCAUUCAUAACUGCCUCAAGAUAAAUGAUAGAAGUGCUGAGAGUUAUUGACCAAUUCUGGUCCAAUGACGAGGAAUGAAUUAAAGAGGAAGCUGUUUGAAGUUCACACAUAUAUUAUCACAACAAUGUGUGUGGCCAAAUUCUAUUAUAUUCAGUUGGAAGAACAAUUAAUUAAUUUAUGAUUGAACAAAGCUGAUGAAUGUGCUCCCAUACAAUGCCUCACUGCAUUAUUACAUCAUCAAGAGGAAGUUUAUGUGAUAUCAGGAAAUGUUGGUGGAAGACGUGGUAGUAUUUCAACCUAGGUCCUCUAAUGCGUGAACAGGAUUCUUCACCAUUCUAAAGCCCUGUUCAAUCAGCCAAACUUUGACACCUAGGUGCAUUCUUAGUUUGAGGCGUCAUAUUUUUGAGCUGUGCAGAUGAGCUCUCAAUGGAAGCUUCUGAUUUGGUGCAUGAUUAAAUUUUUUCUCUCUCUUCAAGAGCUGAAUUUUGGGUACAAGAAUGCUACUUUUGGGCAGCAAAGGAAGAGAUCUAAUCCCUUACUAAAGAGAUGCUCUCCGGUGUUAUUCAGAGUGGUCGAUAAUUUGCCAGAAGUUAUUACCAUGUUAUGCUCACUUUACAGUAAAAGCUGGAUAUUUUUUAUUGGUUGCUGCCAGAAUGGUUAAUGAUUGCUCCCGGUCUAAUGGAGUGUUGAUUUGAGUGUUAUCUGGUUGAAGUUCAUCAAAAAUUGAGUGGUUGGGCAACCUUUUCUCUCUUCAACACUUUGUACUUAUUUGGACGCAAGAACCUUUUUUAUCUGGCCUAAAGUGGAUGCCAUGUAACAGCUCACCAAAUUGCAACACCUAUUCAUUCAUAACUGCCUCAAGAUAAAUGAUAGAAGUGCUGAGAGUUAUUGACCAAUUCUGGUCCAAUGACGAGGAAUGAAUUAAAGAGGAAGCUGUUUGAAGUUCACACAUAUAUUAUCACAACAAUGUGUGUCCAAACUAUAUUAUAUUCAGUUGGAAGAACAUUUAAUUAAUUUUAUGGAGUUUAAUAGAAGUUCGUCAAAGUUGGGGAAGAUUCUAUUAAGGAGCAGCAUAUAAGAAUUAUGUGAUUGCACAAAGCUGAUGCAUGUGCACCCAUGCAACGCCUCACCACAUUAUUACAUCAUCAAGAGGAAGGAUGCGGUAAAUGUAAUGCCUCAGGUUUUCUAGUAGCAUCUUGAAAUUUAUGUGAUAUCAGGAAAGGCUAGUGGAAGAUGUGGUACUUUCAACUUAGGUCCUCUAUUGUGCAAACAGGUUUGGGUACUUCAGCUGUCUAAUUUUCUUUAUUGCGAAGGUUUUGUUAUUUUCUUUUUUCUUGCCCUUCCCCCAACAUAAUAGAAAGCAUAAAAAUAGGUUUUUAUUUUAUUUUAUUUUUAAAUUAUUAUAAUAAUGCUUGCAUAAGUGUCAUCAAGAAAGUUUUAAUUCCCACAAAAUUAUUUUUAUUUUCCCAAUAUUAUAUGUUCUUGAGCUUUAGCCAAUCAUUAGGUUUUCUAAUAUACUUUUUAAUAACUUGAUCAAUAAUUGCCCUCUUUUCUGAAAAAGUUAGAAUGCAUUGAGCAUAAUAAACAUAAUGCUAGAAUUUUGAAAUACAAUUAAGGAUCAGUAAUUACCAAGCACCUAUGUCAUAUUCAAAAAUGAAAAAUGACUCUUUACAUCAAUACUUUCCAUAAUGUGCUCUUCUUGAUGAAGGCAAAGGCAGGAAAAAGAUGGAAUAUGAGAUUUCCUGCUGAACCUGGUCAGGGCAGUAAGGAUAGGAACCAUUCAUUUUCUUCCCCUACUUAUUAUAAAUUCCUUCAAAAGUUUAUGAGUGGUGGGUGAUGUAGAACAGAGCUCAUUAGAAUUCAGCGUGCAGGAAAUUCAAGAAGUAGAAAAGUACUAUUAGAAGUCGUUGGAGAUCAUGGCAAAAUUGCGUGAAAUUUGGUGACAUGAAGGGAAAUGGUGUUGGGAGUAAAACUCAUAGCCUUGGCCACGAUCGAACAUGCUUUUUGGAAAGUAACGUGUUUGUUUUCUUGUAACUUCUGCAACAAUAGUGGGGCAGCUUCAAAUCUUUUCAAGAAAUGAAACCCAAGAACAAGAAUGCACUACCUUCCAAUAAAGAAAGAUUACAGGCAAAAGAUUGGUCAUAAUCCAGAAAUCACAAAAGGUGGACUUACAAAUUGAUUCCAGUACUUUUUAUUCCUAAACUCACUAAGAAUUUGGAAAAUUGACUGCAAUAGGGAGUGUUGAUGACCUUGUUCGUGUUAUAUGGAAUUUUUCAGAAUCAUGUACACAUUUCUUAAUUUGCUCUUUUCCAUGUUUUUCAUUUUGAAACUUUUUUCUUUUCCAUCUCUAACGACAUACAUGGAUUUAUUCUUGGAUUACAGAUUGUGAAAUCUAAGUUUUCCCUAUUACUUAAGAUUCUCAUAUCCGGUCAAUGGAAAACAAACCUUCCCAAUUCCUUGUUAGAUUCUCUUUGGAGUUUCAAAAGAUGUCCGACAUUUCAGGCUACACACAAAUCAAACAUUAUGUGUGCCUAAGCUCAAGCUGCUGCCUCAUCUACUUGAACAAUCGCAAAUAAGAUAUUUUGAAAUCAAAAAGAGUAAACAAGAGUGGGUGACUUUCCACUAUAGUUGCAGAACCUUUAUUUAGUUGAUGAGAUGUCUAUAAACAGUUGCAAGAAGUUGAGAUAUCUACCAGCAUGGGUGUGGUGCCUCACUAAAUAACAGAUGAUGCCAUGCUGGUAAUCCUUCAUUUCCCAAAUAGAGGUUAUGUACUUCAGCAUAGAUUGAUCAAGAUUGCCCAUGUUCCAAUUAUCUAGACAAACUUUUGACUCCUAUGCUAAGCUUAAAGAAUCUAAAAUCGGUAUUUUUGCUCAAAUGUCCUUAGGUUUAAUAUAUUACUUUGAAUGGACUAGCUUAUGCACUUAAUUUUUAAUUUCCAUAAUUUUUGUUCAAAAUUGUGUGCUCAUAUAGAGUAGCACAUUUUUCUGCGUAGCAUUCUUAGAUCUUCAAAUUUUCCAUCCAACAACAAAAAUCAAGUAUUUUUAUUUGAACAAUCAAUUCUAAACUUCUUGAGAUUAUUUGUGUGUGUAUUCUGGUCUACCAACAAUGCAUUGAUUAGGGCUCUUUAGUUACUAUUACAUUGUCUUCACUGUUAAGCUUUCACUAACCAAUUUUGGAUUAAAUAGGUCUCUAUCAUUAUUCAUAUUUCAAGCUUCUCUAAAGUUAAUUAAUGUUAUGAAUUCAUCUGAAGUUAGUUUUAAACAUGUGAAAUACUCAGAGACAAAUUAUUUAUUCUAUUUUAAAUAGAUUUGUAGAUAAACUUAAAGUCCGGUUUGCUGUACAGUGUGCACUAUAAGGAAGUAUAACUUGAGAUUCAAAUCAAAUUAAACGAGAAGGUUAACAUCAUUUUUCUUUUGAGAUCAAAUUAUAAUGUUGGGUUAGCUGGAACCAUGACUUGAAUGUACCUGCAAGUGUCAAUUGGGUGUAUUAGGUAUCACUUCAACAAUGAAUCAAGAUUCCUGACAAUUUGUCCGCUGUUCAAAUCCUAUGUUUUGGUUUCCUAACUUAAAGUCUCUGUUGCAGUGACUUCAGCAGUUUUCUAGAUUAUGAGUCUUCUCUUAUUGUCAGUCUUGUUGUCUUAACUACGAGGCCAACCUGUUUGGGUGCUCCACUUCAUAUCCCUGUAUGGAGGGUAACAGCCUACAGAUUGCAGACAAGGCAAUGGACAGAAGUCUCUGUCUGAAAAGUUGACAGUUCUUUACUUAAAUGGGUAAAUAUGAAGUCCACUUCCAGAAGGGAAUAGUUAAAAGCGCUGGAUACUCACUCUUUAGUGCCAUUCUAGUUUUCGAUUCCCUGGGCUGGUAUCUUGGAAAACAUCAAAAGGUAAUGCCAAUUGCAUCAGAAUGUGAAGUGUGCUGUUCAGCGGAGACAUCAUUGCUGCCUGUAUUUAAGACUCCAAUCUUGAUAAUAGGUGACCUCAUCUUGCCGCAACAAUAGAAUGUCUUCUCUAAGAACUGACUUUAUAUACUGAAGGCAUUGAAAUUUAUUUUCGACCUACAGCCAAAGCAAGGGAGAUAUGGCAAGCUACUAUGAUCCAUAUUGCCCAAGAAGGUGGCUGCUUUGUUCUAUCUUCAAACCAAUUCUGCAAAAAGGGGAGACUAUCCGUUGUCAACAGAAACGUAUGUCAAUACAAUAAGAAGUAUUGCACGUAGUGUUAUUUUAUUGUCAUCCAGUUGUGACCAUUCUGGCUGAACCUAAUUUCCAAGGGAGUCUCUCAUCUGAAACAAUCUUUUCCUCUCUUAAUGUUCCAGAACUUGGAGGGUGUUUGAGCAAAGCUAGAUUUUAGUGGAAAUAGGCAUCAAGUGGGACCAAACUCAGUCAAUCUGACUCUGAAUAUACCCAAUCCAAUUUCUUUUACAACUUCUGUGAAAGCGGAAGUUCUUGAUGAGCUACAAUUAUGACUUAGCUGUGUAAAAAGUUAUUAAAUAAAUUUCUUCUAGCUGUCCUCUUGCCAAACAGCUAAUCUAGGCUUUGUAUAUAUCUUUUGUAAUGUUUAGAGGUGUAUAGAGGUUAGAUAGUGUCCAUGAUUCGUCCAACACAUUUUGAAGAUUUCAAAUAUUUGCAUAGAUUUUCCUGUACAGUUCAUGAAUAUGUUAGUCCUGGCAUAUUUGCAAUUG